AUGAAGUGUCUUGUUGCUGUUUUGGUCUGUGUGGUGCUUGCAGAGGGAAUCGUCAAGAUCCCUCUGCAGAAGCACAAGUCCAUGCGUGAGGCCAUGAGAGAGAAAGGGAUCGUGUUGCCUUACCAGGAUCCAGUUCUCAAGUACCAGCCCGAGUUUAUUAGCUCUAACAACAUGUACAUCAAUAACUACGCUGAUACCACCUACUAUGGCGCCAUCAGUAUUGGAACACCCCCCCAGUCCUUCCAAGUGCUGUUUGACACUGGCUCAGCCAACCUGUGGGUGGACUCCAUCUACUGUAACACUCAGGCCUGCAACACACACACAAAAUUCAACCCCCAGCAAUCCUCUACCUACUCUGCCAAGGGGCAAUCCUUCUACCUGCCCUACGGAGCUGGAAGCCUCUAUGGAACCUUUGGAUAUGACACGGUCAAUGUGGGCGGCAUUGUGAUCAAUAACCAGGAGAUUGGUCUGAGUACAAACGAGCCUGGUCAGAACUUUGUGGUGGCCAAGUUUGACGGCAUCCUCGGCCUGUCCUACCCAAGCAUCUCAGCUGGAGGAGAGACUCCCGUCAUGGACAACAUGAUUAAUCAAAACCUGCUGAAUGCCAACAUAUUUGCUUUCUACCUAUCCAGGGGAGGACAGCAGGGCAGCGUGCUCUCUUUUGGAGGAGUGGACAACAGCCUGUACCAGGGCCAGAUCAACUGGACCCCUGUCACCUCUGAGACCUACUGGCAGAUUGGAGUUCAAGGAUUCCAGAUCAAUGGUAGAGAGACCGGCUGGUGCUCUCAGGGCUGCCAGUCCAUUGUGGAUACUGGAACCUCCGUGCUGACAGCCCCAAGCCACUUUAUCGGUUACAUCAUGCAAGCCAUUGGAGCUCAACAGAGCCAGUAUGGAAUGUACAUGGUGGACUGCAGCCAGGUCAACAACCUGCCAACUCUCAGCUUUGUUAUUAGCGGUGUUUCCUUCCCUCUGUCUCCUUCUGCUUACAUCAUUCAGCACUACCAGAAUGGAUACCAGUCCUGCUCAGUGGGCAUCUCCCCCACCUACCUGCCCUCUCGUGAUGGCCAGCCCCUGUGGAUCUUUGGAGACGUGUUCCUCAGAGAGUACUACUCCGUCUACGACCGCAACAACAACCGUCUCGGCUUUGCUGAAGCUGCCUGA